GGCUGACUGUGACAGGAGGCAGGCAGUCAGCAGUGUGUCAGCAGAGAGCGAGUAGGAACGGACACAAGUACCACCUCAGAAUUAAAAGAACCAUAAGACUCGUAAGAGAUCUAUGACGACCCAGACCCAGGAUCACCACCCAGAGAGGAACAAGACUCACACUAAGUUGCCAAGACUCUGUGUCUCGUAUGUGGAGAUGUUGAUGGUGACGGUGGUGAUGGUGCUGGUGAAUCUUCAGCUGGCGGCCACACACUUCAGCAACCAAGGUCGGCGCCACCAAGUUCAUAUGAACAGUGCCAGACAUGGUCCUCAUCUUGCACCCAUGGAUAUGAUGCUGACGGGGUUGGCGCACGAGUCCAUGGCGCUACGAAGACAACAACUUCCCUUUACGCUACUGAAACCCGCGCCCAUGGUCGAGACGAUGGAGACCAUCGAUGACAUGGUGAGGGUGAUGACGAAGGAGGGCGCCCAGGCCAACGAGGACCUCCUCAUGCAGGAGUUGCUUCAACUGGCAGACGAGAUCACCACCUCCAUGAUGCCCUCCACCUCCAGAACGGCUGAUCGUGUCAUCAUACCUACCACCUUGGGUGAAGUUGACAUGAUCCCCGUCACCAGAAUAGAUGACCUUACCAUUAGGCCCACCACCAGACGUGUUGAAGCCACCAUGACGCUCACCACCACCAUCACGCCCAAGGCUCCCGUCGCAGCUUCACCUGUCAUGGCUGAGGCAGUGAUGGAAUCUCCCGAAUUGUCUUACUCCAGCUCCAACCACACGGCUAAGAAGUUCUUAAGUCGUGUCAAGGCUCUGCUGGUGGCCUCCGGCAUCGAGCUCAUCCUACCACUGGACUGUGGACGGAACCCGCUGAACAGUACACAGGUGCUGGGGGAACCGCUGCCAUGGGUGGUGGCGCUGGGGUCUAGAGAGGACGGCAGGUUCCAUUACCGCUGUACAGGUGUCAUCAUCACUAACUUCCACGUCCUCACAGAUGCCGACUGUGUUGCCUCCCCACAUAUUAACGUGGUGCAGGCGAGCAGGUCGGGGGAGCUGCCUGACCAGAGGGCGGAGGAGAACUUCGUGGUGGGUCGCAGGAUACACCCGGACAUCGAGGCCAGGGACGACCUCUUCACAGGCAUCAACAUUGGCAUCCUCGAACUGGCCAACCCUUUUAUUUUUAGUGACUACCUCCAACCUGUGUGCCUCCCGGGAGUGUUUGAGGAGCAGGACACGGAGGCAAGUUUCGCCGUCACUAUUGCUGGCUUCGAGAAUAUCAUGGAUGGUCCUCAGGGUCGUGUAGCCAGUAGGUACGCCAAGCCUAACGUGACGGCUGAAGGGGCUGCCUCUUGCUUCUUCACUGUACGCACGAACACAGACCUCUCCUCCAUGUUGUAUACUCUCCUCACCAAAAACCACCUCUGUGUCUACAUCAGGUUUGAGACGGUGGGGAAGUCGGUGGUACUGGUGGAGGACGAGAAGAGCGGGCGGGUGAGGGUGGUAGGUGUGGGUGGGUUUGCCAAUGCUCGCUCCACCAUCCCCGUUGCCUACACCCUCGUCCAGCCUUAUCGUUUCUGGGUGGAGCUCGUCCUCAAGAAGUUCCUCAACAACAUGGCGCCUCCCAAAGAUGUAGAGGCUGGUAGGAGCGACAACGGGAGGUCUUUUUCAUAAAUAACUGACUGCAUUAAGUGUUCUGGAGCUUAUAGAACAGUAUCUUGCAAUCUUUGUAACGCAGGAGCUAUAGAAAUAACACAAUGAAAACAGCAGGGAUUCUCAACUCUUCGAAAUGUUGUGUUAUGUACGGAGGAUCGUCGUUUAUCAUGUCAUUCGUUAUCCGUCACCCGUCAGUUAUCAUCUGUCACUGUUCACUCUGUACCAUCACCCGUCACAUUCCUCCCCAUCUUCCAUUAUACAUCACUAUUUAUCUUUAACUGUCUACUGUGAUAAACCUUCGUCAAAAUUUCGAAACAGAAGAGGAUGACGUACACAUAGGUUAAUAUGCUAUCAUUGUCAUUAACAUGUAUUUAACCGCUAUAAACUUUUUAACUCUUAGACAGUUUUGUUUAGUAUUAUAACAUCAGGAACCACGUAGAGUCGCUAAUUGUUCACGUACAGUCACUUUCAUGCCCAUAACUUUAAAGUCACCCUCAAAAAUCUUGUCGCCUCUCCAGCUGAACCACGAACGCCUAGAUUCAUGUAACACAAGACUCAGGUGGUGUGAAAGGGAAGGUGUAGUGUAGUGUGAAAGGGAAGGUGACGUGAAAAGAGAAGGUGUAGUGUGGUGUAAGGAGGGCAGGUGGCGUAGUGUGGAAAGGGAAGGUGUAGUGUGGCGUGAAAAGGGAAGGUGUAGUG